GUCCCACCCGCGUUUUGGAAUUUGAGGGGGGCACUUCUGAGUCUCUCGCUCUCUGUCUGUCUCUCUCUGGGUCUCUUUAUAUAAUAUACAUCCCCUUCAAUCCUCUCUCUCUCUGUCAGACUGCCCCUUGUCAUUCGCUCGUUCACGCCUUCUCUCUCUCUCUCUCACACACACUCUCUCGCACUUUCAGGACAUCUGGAGUCAUACAAACUCCCUUGCUUCAGGUCAAAACGCCUCUUGGGAUAUUUUUUUUUUUGGGCAGGUGUGUUGUUUUUAAACACCCAGAGUUGCUGCUCUCGGCGACUCACUCACCAUUCGACUGUGUUGUCAACAACAAUAACAGGCACUCGACAGCAGCAAACGGUGGUACAUGGAAGAGCCCAUCUGCUCCAUCGAAUCGUCUCUCUCAGCAUCUACAUUCUUGAGCACUCUUUCCCUCAGGACACUCGUUUGACAAAAAUCACGCUCUCUCUGCGCGUACAAUGAAGUUGCUGCUCUCUGUGGCAGCUUGGUCUCUGACCGCUGUCGGAGUCAUUGCUCAGACGGCGCCUCCUAGUGGAUCAUCAACCAUCAUCCCUGGACAAUGGAUCGUCGAAUUCGAAGAUUCAGCGUCCAUGUCGGCGGCAGGUCUCGGCCGACGAAAUGUCAGACCUCACGAUGAGAUUUAUGCAAGCUUGACCAAACGUGGUGUGGUAUACGACGUUGACAGAGAAUACUCUUCACCAGUAUUCACCGGUGCUGUCCUAUCCAUCCCAUCAGACUCGGACCUCACUACCCUAGCCUCCAUCCCUGGAAUCAUGGCCAUCUCCCCGGUCCGCUUGAUCGUCGUCCCGGAUGUCGUGCAGCAGCCCACAGGUUGGUCCCACCCGUCCAAGCGAGACCUGUUUGGCGGUCUCUUUGGAGGUCUGUUCGGUGGAGGAGAUGCUUCAGCUUCAGCCUCAGCCUCAGCCUCAGCCUCAGCUUCUGAAUCUAGCCCAUCCCCCAAUCUCUUCGAUCAGAUCUUUGGGAAUGGCAACGGAAAUGGUAAUGGCAAGGGCAAUGGCAAAAAGCACAAGCACUCAUCUUCCAGUCAAGCAGCAGCGUCCACCUCCUCUACUGGCGCCAUGACAACCACCACUAUUGCAGGAACUACAACCACUACCACCGCGACCGGCUCCAGCUCCGGCGGCUCGACUUCAACACAGACCUCGGUCGAAGUCGCGCCGACGGCCGCCUACGGCAACACUGGUUUCUCCACUCUUCCUCAAUUCCAAGGUGAUAAGCUGCAGGCAGCUGGUUACUUGGGUCAGGGGAUCAAGAUUGGAAUCGUGGACAGUGGUGUCGACUACACUCAAGCUGCUCUUGGAGGAUGCUUCGGUGGUAACUGCAAGAUUGCAGGAGGAUACGAUUUUGUUGGAAACAAUUUCAACGGAUCCAACACACCGGUGACCAGUUCUGACCCUUUCGACAACUGCUUCUCGCACGGAACGAUCGUCGCUGGUAUUAUUGGAGCCAACGAUAACAUUUACGGUGUUCCGGGUGUCGCUCCUGAUGCCAGCUUGUACGCUUAUCGAGUAUUCAGUUGCAGUGGUGCCACGACCGAUGCCAUCGUCAUUGAUGCCAUGCAGAAAGCCUACAACGACGGUAUGGACGUCAUCAAUCUCAGUCUUGGUGAACCUUCUGGGUGGUCUGAAACGCCCAUCAGUGUCGUCGCGAGUCGAAUCGUCGCCAUGGGAACGACCAUCACUACCUCUGCUGGAAAUUCGGGACAGGACGGGGCGUUUUACGCAUUCGCACCCGGAACAGGAUUCGGCACCAUCGUCGCUGGAUCAUCCGACAAUGAGAUCAUAGCCGCGAACCAAGCUACCGUUUCGACAGGUCACGCUCCAAUCACAUAUUACUCUUUCCAGUCGUUCAAUUUGCACGCAUUCCCACUUCCAGCCAACACACCUGUCCCUGUUUACACUUUCAACAAUGCGACUGGGUACGAUGGCUGCGCUCCUUUGCCUGGAACGCCCGAUCUCCAAGGACAGAUCGCUCUUUUGAGUGCCGAUGGACCAUGUUCGAUCGGAGACAAGGCCAAAGGCGCAUACUUUUCAGGCGCGUCCGCCGUCUUGAUCAUCAACACGGAGAACACUGCUCCUUAUAUCCGAUUGUUCCCUUUGAUUCCUUACGCCAUGAUCAGUGCAGAGGACGGAGCAUACCUGCUUGAAGCUGCUGCGCAAGGACUCAACCCGGAGUUAUCAUUCGCCUUCAGCCCUGUCGUCGUCCCUAACAACUUCACCGGCGGCACAACGACCUUUUUCUCCGAAAUCGGACCUACCAAUGAGUUGUUCUUGGCUUCCGACGUCAUGAUCCCAGGCACGCAAAUCAUCUCAGUCUUCCCCUUCAACCCCAGUUUGAGCUUUUUCAACUGGUCUAUCACAGACGGAACGUCGUGGUCUUCUGCCUUUGCUGCUGGAUCCGCCGCUCUUUACCUCCAGCAACACCCCGGUAGCUCGCCAUGGGAUAUCAAGUCAGCUUUCGAACAGACGGCCGUGGCUCUACCUGUCAGUCUUUCCGACAGUUCUCUACAAAGUGUCGCAGUGCAAGGAUCUGGCAAACUUCAGCUUUCCAACGCUGCAAACCGAGCUUUGUCCGUCACGCCGCCUGAAAUCUUGCUCAACGACACUGCCAAUUUCUGCUCUUUCCAAACCAUCACCUUGACCAACAAUGGGAACUCUGGACAGCUGUACACCAUCACACACGUCCCUGCUGAUACGGCUCUGACUAUCUCCAAUGGACAAUUCAAUAAUGAACCUGUCCCCACCACCGGCACUACCGCCAACGUCUGGAUCACCCUCUCUGAAGUUUACGUCUGGCCAGGCGGCUCUGUUCCCGUCAUUGUCAACUUCUACCAGCCCGAUGGACUCGAUCCGUCUCAGCUUCCUGUUUACUCUGGUUGGAUUAAUAUCCAAGGUGGAAAUGAUAACAUCAAUGUGCCUUAUCUCGGAGUAGCGGCCGAUAUGAGUUCCCAGCCGAUCCUAGACUCGCAGAACCAACCGUCGAUCCAGAACGCAUCGUCGAGCUAUUCGCUCAGCAACGGGGAUUACCCGACUGUGGUGUUCAGGCUACUCAACGGUAGCCCCGUUGUCUUGAUCGAUCUCGUCGAUGCCGAUGUCAACCUUGGUUUCAGUCCCAACUACAACUCGAAACGUGAUGCUACUGCGUCAACAUUUGAGAAACUCCACCAAAGUAGACGAGUGACAAAGUCUCGAUUGGAGCGUGAGGUCGAGAAUGCUGUCGUCGAAACAGGGGAUGAGGGCCCAACCGCCGAAGAACGAGACUUGUUGAACCUCAACCUUGGGAACAUUGGUCUCAAUGUCUCCGUCAGCCUCUCCAUUGGUAAUGGUGGUAUCCUUAACACGUUAUGCCUUUUCUUCCCACUUCCGAACUGUCCUCAGAACCAAGGUACAUUCUCCAACGUGCCUACCGUUGGAAACGUCUACCAACAGACUUGGAACGCCAGGAGCUCCAGUAAUGCCGAUGGGGAGGGCAACUAUGAUUACACCUUUGCGUUGAGCAAUGGGACAUUUACCAACAAUACAGCGAUUCCGAACGGAAACUACCGAUUCCUCUUGAGGGCUCUUCACAUUUUCGGCGACAUGACUAACGAGAGCGAUUAUGACGCUUGGCUCUCUCAAUCAUUCACCAUCUCUCGGUAGACUUCUCUAUUUGUCAAACGUUAAUCUGCAUAAGGACAAUUCUCCGUCUUGUUUGGUCUGAUCUGGGUUAUUUGGCGAAUAUAGGAACAGGAAAGGACACGAGAUCCGGAGGUGAUCCACAAAUCGGUUUUCUUGCACAUAAAAGGUCUCAUCAUUUCUCUUGACAAAAGGGCAAA